AUGCAUCCCUUUCCCGAAGCUCAAAUGAGCACCGCUUCCGUGGAGGCCAUUUCCAAAAACUACAUCGUUGUCCUCAAGGAAGACGUUGAGGAAGAGAAUUUCGAGACCCAUGUCCAGUCAGUGAUGUCCCAUCACACGGACCGCAUGAGUGCCAGCAGCACCGAAGACUCCAGUCUAGACGGAUUGCGCGAGAGAUGCUGCUUCGGCAGUUUCAAGUCCUACUACGGUGCUUUUCACCCAGACACUCUUGAGCAUAUCAAGAACAGCCCUGAGGUGGACUUUGUCGAACAAGACCAAAUUAUGCGAGUACAGGAAUUUAUCACGCAGAACACAGUUCCAUCGUGGGGUCUUGCACGCAUCUCUCAUAGGGCUAAGGGUGACCUAUCAAGCUACCACUACCACAAGUCCGCCGGCAAGGACACCACUGUUUACAUAAUCGACACUGGUAUCAAUAUCAACCACGAAGAGUUUGGCGGUCGGGCUAAAUGGGGAACUAAUACGGUGGACUCUAUUAAUGAUGAUGAAGGUGGACAUGGGACACAUGUUGCCGGUACUAUCGGCGGCACUACUUAUGGUCUCGCUAAGAACGCCCAACUUAUUGCUGUCAAGGUUCUUGGUGGCAAAGAGGGAACCGGAUCCAACUCUGGUGUCAUGAAGGGCAUUGAAUGGGUUACAUCCAACGCCAGAUCCAAGGGAAAAUCAUCAAAGUGUGUUGCAAACAUGUCUCUUGGUGGUGGAUACUCUGCUGCUCUCAACAAGGUCGUCAACGCCGCUGCUGCCUCUGGCAUCACCUUCGUUGUUGCCGCGGGAAAUGAGGCAGCGGAUGCAUCGACUACCUCACCAGCCUCCGCCGAGUCUGCCAUUACUGUUGGCGCAACCAACAUCAAAGACGAGAUGACUGACUUCUCCAACUUUGGGCCCGCUGUCGAUAUCUUUGCACCAGGACACGAAAUCACUUCGGCGUGGAUUGGCUCAAACAACGCUACCAGGACCAUCAGUGGUACCUCCAUGGCAAGUCCUCAUGUAGCUGGCCUGGCUGCCUGUCUUAUCGCCGAUGAAGGAAUUUCGGGCUCAAAAGCGGUUACUGUUAGGAUGAAGAACCUUGCAGUCCCUGGUUCCGUGACCAACCUUGCCCCUAACACCACCAGCAGGCUUGCCUACAACAACAGUGGUAAAUAG